UAACGCAUCGCUAUCCGUGCAUGCGCAUCCAUCGUUCGAAAACGGAGUUACCCGAGACAGCCCGUGCGACUGCUCCAAGUUUGCCAGAGCGCACACGUGUCCCCGCGGUGUGACUGUGCGUUUUGUACCUGCGUUUCCUCUCCUUCUUGCAGUGUGCACUUUUCGUUUACACACGACCGCCUGUGAGCACCUCUCCGCCCGGUGUUCCUGCCACCAGAGCAGACCUACGCUCGCACACCGGCACAGGUAAUCUACCUACUUAUAGAAUAUCUACGCGGGACACCGUGCAUACGUAUCUUUGAUAUCUGCGUUCGUUCGUUCGUUCGUUGCGAGCCGUUUGUGUGUCAGCGGUAGAACGUGUGGUCUCUUGGUGCGUGCGUGUGCCCUCCUCCUCCUCGAGGAGGGUUGCUAGGUGGUAGGAGGUGGAGUAGCCGCGAACGCACAGUCGCUUCUCGACGGUCGGACGGUGAACGUGGUCCACGGGUGGUGUCCAGCACGCGCACGACCGUCAGUUCCUUCUAGGCUAGCGGUGCAACCAUCGCAGGGUGUUCCACCUCUCUCAGGAUUCGUGUGUUUUCUCGGCAAGCCACCUCAAAAAGAACACGGACCAGCCGAUAGGAACGAAAUACCACCCUUCCAAAACGACACACACCAAGAUGAUGAAGGCGAAGUGUUCUUUUGGGAUCCACUGUCCGCUAAAAAUCGAAAUUCGAAAAAUCAGAAUCACGUGCGACAGCUGCAAGAACAGUUGGCACAAGCCACCAUGAGGAUACGCGACUUAGAAACCGAACUAAAAUGUGUUCAAAAGGUUAAUAAUUCCUCGUUAAAGGAGGAACUCGCCGAUGGACAUCAGAAAGCAGAAUUCCUGAGGGCCAAGCAGGACAUGGUGAAUCGAAUAAUACAAAUGGAAGAAAAGAACCGAGAAGCAGAGAGGAAUACAAAACGCAUGCAAUCAGAUGAAACGGCCUUGAUCAACGAUUUCCGCACCGUACUGUCCAAAUUGAACUCCCUCGAGAAGCUAGGCUUAGUCAGGAACGCGCUGAAAGCUUUGGAAACGGAAAAUGAAAAGUACAGCGACGCUAAUGAACAGGAAAAAUCGGACUCGGAUGAGAAACUUAAAAAGCACAACAACACCGUAGGCCACGAAUCCGUCGCGGUGAAGCCUAACUUCGACGUCGAUUCGGAUCUCCAAAAGCGGAACGAUGGCUUUAUCGAGGCAUCGAACAAUAGGGAAUCGGAAUUGUACAAGAAAAUCGAGGAGCUCCAGGAAGAAAAUAAACGAUUGUUUACGAGCGUCGAGCAAUUGGAUCAGCAGCACGAGGAAUCGAUAGAGCAACUGCUGACUCUCAAGGGGGACAUCGAAAAGAAGCACCAGUGCCUUCAAAACGCUUACGAGCAACUCUACGUAGACUACAACCAAGCUCAGGAUAAGGUCGUCCAGUUGGAGAGUAGACUCGCAAACACGACUAAGCAUGUCGAAAUCGAGACAGUAUCUCAUCCUGUGCAAACAGCUCCCUUGGAGAUCGAGGACAGACUCGUCCAGACGGAUGCUCUUGGAUUAGACGAGCAGAGGAACGAUAAGACUGCUAUCGAUGAGCUAACCGCGAAGGUGAAGGAUAUUUUGAAGAAUUCGCUCGUAGAAACAGAGCCUGGGGUGUCGAUAUUCGAGGCUGUAGCGAAGCAAUACGUGGAUGCGAAAUGGAAAAAGGACGUGUUGGAGAAAAGAGUGACGGAUCUCAACCGAGAGCUGAAGGGGGCUGUGGAAAUGAAGGACAAUUUACAGGUCGAGUGCUACGAUAUGCAGACGCAUAUCGACACGCUGGUAUUAGAGAUACAAGAUUUAAAAUUAAAUUUACCGUCCAUACCGGAGGCGAGCGAGGAACGCGUCGCUUGGCUGGAGUCUGAAUCGGAGUCCUUGCACGAGGAAGUGAAACGUCUUCAAGCUGAAAACGCGGCAUUGAAGAGGGAAAACGGAAAACUUGGUGGAGGCGGGCUGUGCGAAAUACGGUUAGACAAUCAAGGGUAUACAGCAGCUGGGUCUAGAAAUAGAAAACUAACGAAAUUAGAAGACAUUCCGGAAUGUAUCGAGGAGACCGACAGCGCAAUGGAGAAUCUGAAUCGCAGAUUGCACGCGACAUUGGACGAGAACGAGGAGUUACAAAGAAAAGUUGAUAUACUUGAAAACACGGAGAAGGAGACGCAGGAGCAGCUCAGGAUGUCGAUGGAGAAGUGCAAAGGGUUGGACGAGAAUAUCGAAUUCACCGAGGAACUGAAGCUCGAGCUCGAGAACGUGAAGCGAGAACUAAAGACGUCGACUUCCGUUAGAAAACAAUUAGAAAAUAAUCUGACUCUGUCUCAGAGCGCGAAAGACGAGGUCGACAAGAAGAACGAGGAACUGUCCCUUAAAAUUGAGCAGCUGGAGACUGAGAUCUCGAAAUGCCGUGAAAUCAAUCUAAAAGAGGAGAACAAGGACGUAUUGCAAGAUCUACAGAAACAGCUCAACAUAGUCAGUUGCGAAAAAGACUAUCUGAAAGACGAUAUUUUGGACAUGCGAUGGGAAUUGAGUCAGGCGUUGAAUCAGAUAGACUCGAAGGAGAGCCAUAUAGCGAAAUUGAAUCAAGAUAAUGAAAAUUUAAUGAAGGAGAAGAAUUCGUUACUGGAGCAACUGACUGCUAUUCAAGACGAGUCCAAUGAUAAGAUAGACUUGGUAAACACGGAGAAGGAGCAGCUCAGGAUGUCGAUGGAGAAGUCCAAAGGCUUGAACGAGAAUAUCAAAUUCAUCGAGGAACUGAAGCUCGAGCUCGAGAACGUGAAGCGAGAACUAAAGACGUCGAUUUCCGUUAGGGAACAAUUAGAAACUAAUCUGGUUCUGUCUCAGAGCGCGAAAGACGAGGUCGACAAGAAGAACGAGGAACUGUCCCUUAAAAUUGAGCAGCUGGAGACUGAGAUCUCGAAAUGCCGUGAAAUCAAUCUAAAAGUGGAGAACAAGGACGUAUUGCAAGAUCUACAGAAACAGCUCAACAUAGUCAGUUGCGAGAAAGACUAUUUGGAAGACGAUAUUUUGGACAUGCGAUGGAAAUUGGGUCAGGCGUUGAAUCAGAUAGACUCGAAGGAGAGCCACAUAGCGAAAUUAAGUCAAGAUAAUGAAAAUUUAAUGAAGGAGAAAAAUUCGUUACUGGAACAACUGACUGCUAUUCAAGACGAGUCCAAUGAUAAGAUAGACUUGGUAAAUACGGAGAAGACUUUGCUCGAACAAGAACAGAUGGAAUUGAAAGAAAUAGACGCGAGCAAGGAGAAAGAACUAAAUGAACUUAAGGAACGAUUACGCGAGACGGAGGAGAAGUAUACGAAAUUGCAAGACGAAUUUACGUGUGCGAAUGUGAAAGCUGAGCAAUUUCGGUUGCAGAGUGAAAAUCUUCAAAGCGAAAUGGUAAAACAGGAUGAAUUGAGGAACGAAUUGGAUCGUACAAUGUCCAUCGUUGAGAGACUAAGUUCCGUAGAAAAUGAUUACACUCAAUUAGUAAAAGAAGUGGAAACGCUACGCGCGAAGGAGGAGACGCUAAUAGCUUUACAAGAACACUUCUCCAAAUUAACGGAGGAGAAUAGAAAUUUAAUUAGUCUGAAUGAAACGAUACAAAAUAAUUGUAAACGAUUAGAGCAGGAAAUGGCAUCCCUGGAAGCGCAAAAGAAGGAGUUAGUAAAUCAUGCAAACGAAAAUACCUGUGAUAAUGAAAAGCAACAAAUUAUAGCACUGUUAGAAGAAAAGACGCGAGAAAACGAUGCCCUGAGAAAUGAUAACGACAAACUGAUGGCGGAAAUCUUUGAAUCGCAAAAAAAACUACAGAAUAUCGUCGAAAGUAAUACGGAAUCGACCGAUAUGGCGAAGCAAACGAUAGAAAGCUUAUCCCAUCUCAUCAAGGAGAAAGAUGAAGAAAUCAAUGGUUUGAAAGCAACGAUUGACCUUGUGAAAAAUAGUACGGAAACGUCUGAUAGUUUUGCGACUAUAAAGAACGAAAGAGACGAACUCGUCAAGCUUGUUACGGCAAAGCAUAACGAGAGCUUGCAAUAUCACGGUGAAAUUCAAAGGCUGACGCAUCUCUUGAACGAGCAAGCAUCGCAAAUCCAAGCCUUGGCAUCGGAGAGAGAUGUAAGUUUAUCUCAAUUUGCGGAGAAGAAUGCGGAACUUUUGUGGACGAAAAACGAGUUGCAGGUAGCUCAGCAACGUUUGAAGAACGUCGAAAAUUCGAGCAGCAGUGAAACUUGCGGAAUCGUCGAACAUUCCGCGCAAAUGGCAGAGAUCGCGCUUCUUAACGAGAAGUGCAACGCAUUGGAGGCAGCUUUGAUACAGGAGCAGUCUAACAACAGGAUGCUGCAGCAUCAGAUUACAGAGAGCCAAAGUAAAGAGGCGAACGCUGCGAAAGAACUGGAACGGCUACGAACGCACUUGGUUGAGAUCGAGUCAAGCUACACAGAAGAAGCUCUGAUCGCCGAGGAAGCGCGAAACGAGUUGGAAGCAAAGUUGCUGCAAGCCGAAGAAAAAGUGAAAUCCAGCUCGACCGCGUACACGUCCGCCAAUAUCAGAGCGAAUCAACAAGUGGAAACGUUGCAACAGCAAAUGGCGUUGAUCGUUCAACAAAGGGAUGACAUACAAAACAAGUUAUCCAUUGCCGAAGAUACAAUCUUGUCCCAAGCUGCAUCUCUGACUAAUUUGCAGAUUGUCUUAGAACAGUUUCAACGAGAUAAGGAAAGAGACAUCAUGGCAGCAAUGGAAAGGCUUCAAGUUAAACUGAACAAUUCGUAUAAGAAACAAGAAGAGCUGGCUAAUGACGUUACUAACCUGAAGGAGCAAUUAGCAGAAGCUAAAGAAUGCUUACAAGCGGCAUCAAGAUUAAGCGAACAACUUGAUAAGAAAACAGAACGUAUUGAACAACUGAACCAAGAAGUGGACCGAUUGGCAAAUCUCGUAAAUACUGCUGAUCAAAGGAUAGAAGAAGCGAAACAAAGUGGAGAGGGAAAAGUUGAUAAAACUCUCAUUAAAAAUCUUUUGUUGGGUUACCUGGUUUCAUCGGCAGCGGACAAGUCUUCGGUGCUCAGAGUAUUUUCUACGAUUUUGGAUUUCGAUGAAGUAGAAAAAGAAAAAGCUGGUUUGAACAACGCGGCCGCACAAAGUAGUUGGUUUUCACGUUUAAGUAGCGGAUCUACAGUUCCUAAUAAGGAUCAAGAUGCAUCUUUAUCGGCCGCGUUCGUAAGAUUCCUAGAAAGCGAAUCAAAACCUAAACCACAAUUACCUGCACUGCCAAUUCAAACAUCAUCUUUACCAAGGCCUGGCCACAGUAGACAGCAUUCAACAUCAUCGACACAAUCUACUUUAUUGCUUUCAAAUGUAAACCUUCCAACAUUCCCGGACUUCGUUCCAGCUAGAAAUACGGGUUCUAUUUUAAAAGAAGUACUGAAGGAUAGCUGAUAUUAAAACUUCUGGUAUAAUGCUUUGUAAAUCUUCAAACUAUGAUAAAAAGCAACAUGUAAAGAAUACGUUUAAUUACUGAAUUUCAUUCGAUAAAAACAUAAAAAUACAAUUACAAGAUAAAAAUAAAUUCAUUAUACUUUCUUUUUUGUAAAAAAUGUAUAUACUGCAAAUAAUUUUGCAGUAAUGAUUAUUCAGACAUUCUUAAUGACAUCUUUUUCUUAAACAAAAUUUCUUCAAAAAUAUUAUUUUAUAAAAAAUUAAAGUUUCGAUCAGCAAACAUAUUAUUUAAAUAUUUUUUGGUGCUCACGAUAAAAAUAUUUCAUAUCUAUUCAAGAUCUAAAUUUUUCUUGCUGACAAUAAUCUUGUAAUAUAAUAAAAUUCAAACUUUUGUCAAUUUGAAAGGUAGUCUAUAACUACGCUGUUUUAAUCUAAACUUUUAUCUAAAAUUACAACGAAUGAAAUAUUAAAUAACAUAUGUUUACAGUAUUAAAUAUUUUUAUUCAUACUUUGCGCUACAUAUUAAAGUGUCUUUCUGUUUACAUCAGAAAUUAAUAUUAUAUCACAGAUAUAAUGUAAUCUAUCUUACACAGUAAAUGCAAUUUGUAUUUAUAUCCUUAUAGUCCUAAAUAUUAUAAUACUCUAUAAGGUAAAAUUGUUAAGCCUAAGUCUUUUAGUUUUGCAACAAUUGUAUAUAAAAUAAUGUAACUAAAAAUAAAUACGAAAUGGUGGGCUAGCAAUAAAUAUAUAACAAAUUUACACUAAAUAGUGGAAGUGCUUCCAUUGUAUUGGCUAUAAUUUUGAAUAUAAUUGUCGAAAAAUACGUGAUCUUCUAACCUACAAAUUUGAUAGAUAUAUUGAAAUUUAUUACACAUGGAUAUUGUUAAAAUAUAUACAAUGAAGAAAAAUAAUAUACAAAUAUAGUUUUCUUACUGUUAAAUUUUGCUUUCUUUUAUACCAUUAAAAUGAACUUCAUUAUAUGUAUGAUAAUGUUUACUAAAAUCAUAGUUUCUAAUGUUUGUUUUCAACAAUUUUGUGACAAUGUAUAGCAGUAUCAAUCCAAAGAUGGCAUAAUUCCAAUAUACAUAAUGUUUACAGCAUACUAAAAAUAGUUUGAACUAUACAAAUAUAAGAUUAUCUUUCAGUGUUUUUGCAAAGAAGGAAUUUUAUAUUUCUAUUUUAUCUAAUGAACCUAAUAUUAUUAUUCAAUUAAAAGAUAGGAUAUGUAUAAUUUAAAAGAAUUUCACAAAAAUUUUUUUUAUCAGUUUUAUUUUUAACCGAAUUCUUAAAAUCUGAAAGAUACAUAAUACACUAAUGAGACUAGAACACAGAGUAUGAUAAAUGUUACAUGAAUUAUUUUUCAAAGCUUUUACAAAGAAUUUAACAUUUAUUUUGUCUAAACUAAACCUAUUACUACUAACUACCUAAUUCAAGGGGAAGAGAUGUGAUUAAAAAGAGAGAUAUUAAUGAAUAUUAACGUAUCACUUUUAUUUUAAAUGUAAUACUUAGACUAUUGUGACAUAAAUUAUAUGACAGAAAAAUUUGUGAAAGAUAUAAAAUAGUAUAAAACAGAAACACAAAUAUGAGGAAUACAGUUCAAAAAUUUAGGACUU